CUCCAUUUCUCGAGCUUGACGAUGGUCAGUUGGCUGCCGCCAUGGGAAGUCCAAGGCGUCCUUGCUUGUGUCGCAUUGGCACUCCUAGCGUCCAUCUUCCGCACUGCGGCCAAGAGUCAGGUCAUCAUCUCUGAACUCACUGCCGGCGCAACCAAUGGCGGCACGAAACAGUUGCUUCUCGUGAUUGCCCACCCCGACGACGAAAGCAUGUUCUUUCUGCCGCUUCUUCUGAAUCUCCGGUCGAAAGCAACGUUCCAUCUCCUAUGCUUGUCCACCGGGAACUUUGACAAUCUUGGCGCCAUUCGCAAAGCGGAACUCGCCGCCGUGUGGACGUCCCUCCGCAUGCAACCCGACACUUUGACCACUUUGGACGAUCCUCGAUUCCAAGACGGCAUGAAGUCCGUGUGGACAUCCGAAGAUGUUGCCGCCACCGUGGCGAAGUAUGCCAACGAACAUGCAAUCGACGCGAUAUUUACUUUUGACGAGUACGGUGUGUCCGGUCACCCCAACCAUAUUUCCGUGCACCACGGCGUCAAGCGUGCAUUGCACCAUCAACUGCCAUCCGCCGUCGAUGCGUAUGCUUUGGAGAGUACUUCCAUGUGGCGAAAGUACAUUGGGGCGUUGGACGUGAUCUUUACAGAGCCAUCGGAGGCGGUACAGUUUGUGUCGUUCACACCGUGGGAGAACUACAAUGCCAUGGCGCUCCAUCACAGCCAGUUUGUGUGGUUUCGGCGCCUCUUUGUGAUCUUUUCACGAUACACGUACAUCAACACCUUUACCCAGCUACGCAGCGCCUCGGAGAAGAAGAUUGCUUGAAUGCGAUCUGCCGAGAGUUGAAGUCGAUGGCGGUUUCAUUUAAUAUCCAAUGGCAUCGCAGUAUUCGUCCACAUGCUGUUUGAUUCGUGAAUUGGCUUCAAAUUUUAGCCAAUCCAAACCUG